UUCGAAGAACAGAGACGUCUGGGCUGCAUGCACUUCGGCAUCAAACAGUGCUUCCUUCGGUUCAGAAAACCGUGAAGUGGAUAAAGAUGAAGCAGACCCCAGAAGUCCUUGGCAAUGCGAAUGGGAAGACUCAGAACUGUGAAGUGAAUCGGGAAUGUUCUGUGUUCCUCAGCAAAGCCCAGCUCUCUACCGCUCUGCAGGAGGGGGCCAUGCAGAAAUUUAAUGGCCACGAUGCACUUCCCUUUAUCCCAGCCGAGAAGCUCAAAGAUCUCACCUCCUGCGUAUUUAAUGGAGAACCUGGCACUCAUGAUGCCAAAUUGCGUUUUGAGACCCAGGAAGCAAAAGGAAUUGGGACUCCACCUAAUACUACCCCUAUCAAAAAUGGCUCUCCAGAAAUUAAGCUAAAAAUCACCAAAACAUACAUGAAUGGGAAACCCCUCUUUGAGUCUUCUAUUUGUGGCGACAGUGCAACAGAUAUGUCCCAGUCAGAAGAAAACAGACAAAAACCAGAAAACAAGGCCAGAAGGAGCAGAAAGAGAAGCAUAAAAUACGACUCUUUACUGGAGCAGGGCCUUGUCGAAGCAGCUUUGGUGUCCAAGAUCUUGGGUCCUGCUGACAAAAAGGUCCCAGCCAAGAAGGAGUCCUACCCCGGGGUCAGCAGAGAGAAGGACCACCUUCUCAAGUAUGGUGUGGGUGACCUGGUGUGGUCCAAGGUGUCGGGCUACCCAUGGUGGCCCUGCAUGGUGUCUGCCGACCCACUCCUGCACAGCUGCACCCGGCUGAAAGGUCAGAAAAAGAGCGCACGCCAGUAUCACGUACAGUUCUUUGGUGAUGCCCCAGAAAGAGCGUGGAUAUUUGAGAAGAGCCUGGUAGCUUUCGAAGGAGAAGCAUUUGAAAAACUGUGCCAGGAAAGUGCCAAGCAGGCGCCCACAAAAGCUGAGAAAUUUCAGCUGUUGAAGCCCAUUUCAGGGAAAUUGAGGGCCCAGUGGGAGAUGGGCAUUGUUCAGGCGCGAGAAGCUGCGGGCAUGUCAGCAGAGGCGCGGAAAGCCAGGUUCACCUUCGUCUACGUGGGGGGACCAGCUGCGCCUCAACCCCUGCGUGGGCCCAGGAGGCUGGCGUGGGCGCUGGGUCCCCUGGAGUGGAUGGCCGAGCUUGCGGGCGGCCACAAGGAAGCAGCUGUGGCCCCGCGGUCGGGGGCAGACGAGGGCGCGCCCAUCAAGCAGCGGAGGGCCGGGCACCAAGCAGGGGUUCCCAGGACGGCAGCCAGCACCCCUCAGGAGACGGCCGGCGCAGAUCCCCGAAGAGGAGUGGGGUCUCCUCCCGGGAGAAGGAAGGCCCCGGCCUCCACCCCACGAGGCAGGAGGGGUGACGCGCUGUCCCAGUUUUUGGUCUUCUGCCAGAAGCACAGGGAUGAGGUUAUGGCCGAGCACCCAGACGCUUCCUGUGAGGAGAUCGAAGAGCUGCUUGGGUCGCAGUGGGGCAUGCUCAACGACAAGCAGAAGGCGCGCUACCACACCAAGUUUGCCCUUGUGGCCUCCCCCCACGCCGAGGAGGACUCUGGCAGCGUAAACGGGAAGAGAAGGAACCACACCAAAAGGGCCCAGGAACCUGCAGGAGACCUCGCAGUGGACAACGCACCUCGGAAGAGACUCAGGAUGGACAAGCCCGGCCUGCGGAAGAGAGAGACCAUCGCUGACAAAACAGCCAGGACCAGUUCUAAGGCCGCGGAGGCAGCCUCCUCUCUGAAGGGUCAGGCAGCAAUGAAAAAUCUGUCCGAUGCAUGCAAACCACUGAAGAAGCGAAACCGGGCUUCUGCAGCUGCGUCCUCAGCUCUUGGGUUUAGCAAAAGUUCAUCUCCUUCCGCGUCCUUAACUGAGAACGAGGUCUCGGACGGCCCAGGAGAUGAGCCCUCGGAGUCCCCGUACGAAAGCGCAGACGAGACACAGACCGAGGUGUCCAUCUCCUCUAAAAGGUCUGAACGAGGAGUGGCGGCCAAAAAGGAGCACGUGUGCCAGCUGUGUGAGAAGCCCGGCAGCCUCCUGCUGUGCGAAGGCCUCUGCUGCGGAGCCUUCCACCUCUCCUGCCUCGGGCUGGCCCGCAGACCAGAAGGGAGGUUCACCUGCAGCGAGUGCGCUUCAGGGAUUCACUCGUGUUUUGUGUGUAAGGAGAAGAAGAUGGAUGUUAAGCGCUGCGCCGUGUCUCAGUGUGGAAAGUUCUACCAUGAAGCGUGUGUGAGGAAAUACCCUCUGACUGUGUUUGAGAGUCGGGGCUUCCGCUGCCCUCUCCACAGCUGCGUGAGCUGCCAUGUUUCCAACCCCUCCAGUCCAAGACCGUCCAAAGGUAAGAUGAUGCGCUGUGUCCGCUGCCCAGUGGCCUACCACGGAGGGGACGCCUGCUUGGCAGCAGGCUGUGCAGUGAUCGCCUCCAACAGCAUCAUCUGCCCAGGCCACUUCACCGCUUGCAAGGGGAAGCGGCACCACUCGCACGUCAACGUCAGCUGGUGCUUCGUGUGCUCCAAAGGCGGGAGCCUCCUGUGCUGUGAGUCCUGCCCAGCCGCCUUCCACCCCGACUGCCUCAACAUCGAGAUGCCCGACGGCAGCUGGUUCUGCAAUGACUGCCGUGCCGGGAAGAAGCUGCACUUCCAGGAUAUUAUUUGGGUUAAACUUGGGAACUACAGAUGGUGGCCGGCAGAAGUUUGCCAUCCCAAAAAUGUUCCCCCAAAUAUUCAGAGAAUGAAGCACGAGGUUGGAGAGUUCCCUGUGUUUUUCUUUGGGUCUAAAGAUUAUUACUGGACACACCAGGCACGCGUGUUCCCGUACAUGGAAGGCGACCGGGGCAGCAGACACCAGGGCGUCCGAGGGAUCGGAAAAGUCUUCAAAACCGCACUGCAAGAAGCCGAAGCGCGCUUUCGGGAAGUAAAGCUUCAGAGGGAGGCCCGGGAAACCCAGGAGAAUGAGCGCAAACCCCCGCCCUACAAGCACAUCAAGGUGAAUAAGCCUUAUGGGAAAGUCCAGAUCUACACAGCAGAUAUUUCAGAAAUUCCCAAGUGCAAUUGCAAGCCCACGGAUGAGAACCCCUGCGGCUUUGACUCGGAGUGCCUCAACAGGAUGCUCAUGUUCGAGUGCCACCCCCAGGUGUGCCCCGCGGGCGAGCGCUGCCAAAACCAGUGCUUCACCAAGCGCCAGUACCCCGAGACCAAGAUCGUCAGGACAGAUGGCAAGGGCUGGGGCCUGGUUGCCAAGCGGGACAUAAAGAAGGGAGAGUUUGUGAAUGAGUAUGUUGGGGAGCUGAUUGAUGAAGAGGAGUGUAUGGCGAGAAUCAGAUAUGCACACGAGAACGACAUCACCCACUUCUACAUGCUCACCAUAGACAAGGACCGGAUCAUUGACGCGGGCCCCAAGGGGAACUACUCGCGCUUCAUGAACCACAGCUGCCAGCCCAACUGCGAGACGCUCAAGUGGACGGUCAACGGGGACACGCGCGUGGGGCUCUUUGCUGUCUGCGACAUCCCCGCAGGCACGGAGCUGACCUUCAACUACAACCUCGACUGUCUGGGAAAUGAGAAAACAGUGUGUCGGUGCGGAGCCUCCAACUGCAGCGGGUUCCUCGGGGACAGACCCAAGACCUCAGCAGCCCUCUCGGAGGAAAAGGGCAAGAAGACCAAGAAGAAGCCCAGGAGGCGCAGGACGCGCGGCGAAGGGAAGAAGGCAUCGGAGGACGAGUGUUUCCGCUGCGGGGACGGGGGCCAGCUGGUCCUGUGCGACCGCAAGGGCUGCACCAAGGCCUUCCACCUGUCCUGCCUCGGGCUGCCCAAGCGGCCCUUCGGGAAGUGGGAGUGUCCCUGGCACCACUGUGACGUGUGCGGCAAGCCUUCAACGUCCUUCUGCCACUUUUGUCCCAAUUCUUUCUGCAAGGAGCACCAGGACGGGGCGGCCGUCAGCACCACCCUCGAUGGGCGACCCUGCUGCUCGGAGCACGACGCGGGGGCCCAGGCGGCUCGAGGCGCCAAGAUUGGGCAGCCCUUCGCGGGGCUGGGGCGGGCACGGGGCCGGCGGAGGGGGCGCUGGCGCAGGACCACGGACGGCAAGUAGCCCCGCGCAUGGCCGGCCCCGGGCACCUUGGAGGGAGCACUGCCCCGGGAGCCCCCGCCGGCCCCGCGCCACACACAGGCCCCCAGGCAGGGCAGUGGCCGCAGCGCAGUGCUGGGGUGACCUCCCGCUGCGGUUUAGGCUAACGUUAAAACGGAAUUUAAGUGGCAUAUGAAAUGUUUUUAUCUCACCUGAAGUGCAUAGAAUAGUCUUUUUCCUAAAGGAUGACUGUUGACUCGGACCCACCAGGGCACCGGCUUCUGCCCACAGCCACCACUCAGGAGAGACCGGGCAAGACUGGCCGCCCACUGCACACCUCGGGGACCGGGUCUCGAGCAUCAUUUUGCUCUUAUUGAAACAGCUCUGUGAUUUUUGUACUAAUGUGAAAUUCUCCCCAACGCUUCUUCUCCAUCCCCGUGAGAAGCCAGCCCCGGGCGGGUCGGCCAAUGCGGCUGGGAGCCGUCUGCGCCCCCUGGUUCUCCUCCGCCGGGGGCCACUCUGCCAGCGGCACCAGACUCACGUCAACAUUUUGGGAAAAUAUUUUGUAUAUUUUUUCAUCUGGCUUUUUUUAAAACCGAUUUCUGGCUUUUAUUCUCAAUAUAUUUUUGCUAAACUCAUUUUGCCAAUCAGCACUGCCUGAAACGUGUUUCCUGAUGUGACCCUGAGUUUUCACAGCGCAUGGUGUGACCGUCCCCUUGGGCAAAGGCCUGGCAGGUGGCAGUGGGCACAGGUGGCCCGAGCCGGUGUGGAUGUGGAUUUCCGGAGGCCGCCUUGCCAGGGUCCGAGGAGAUGCUGGGAACCCGGAGCUGCCGACGUCCGCACCGAGCCGCCCGGCCCCCGCACGAGCGCUGCCGCUUUCCCGCCAGAGCAGGCCCCGCCCCAGAGGGAGAAGCACUUGAGCAGCAGUGAGUUCUCUGUGGAAGACUGUUCUUUUCUGGGGUUCCUCUGCAAACGGGGGCCGUGUCCCUCAGGCACCUGCCCGUCUCCAGGGUGUGGGCUGGAGGGAUACCCAGAGGCCGGCGCUUGUCUCCUGCCCCAGGACACCACGGGGCAGGGAAGGUCACCUGACUGUUCUUGGUAAUAAUUACGAAAACCGCUACCCACCUCCACGUCCGUUUCUCAUCUGUUUUGGGGUCUGCGUGUGAACUCACAGUAUGUCUUGACGCCAUCACUAACCGCUUGCCCUCGAGGGGUGUCUGUUCCAGGCAGGGGGGCCCGGGGGCCCCUGAGCCCUGGCUGACAGGGCCUGCCCCUCUGGCCCCUCCGUCACGGUGCUGAGCGAACCACACACACAACCAAGAGGGACGUGCCCAGAAGCCUCUGCGGGACCAGCUGACACUUGGGAGCACCAGGCUGGUGGUUCUGGGGCACGCCUGCCGGGAAAGGCCUGGCCGCUCUGGACUGUUUUCCCUCGAGAACAUUCACCCUCUCCGGGGUCCUCAGACGCUGCAUCAGCCGUGGACAGUCAGCCAGAGCCCCCGGGACCCCCCCGGGCAGCACAGCUGGGCUCUCCUGACAGGUGCAGCUGGGGUGCUUACUUGUCCCAAAGACCUGUCACGCCACUGCAGGAUUCUGCCGGAGGUGAAACCUCAGGCUCGGUUGUGCAGGGCACUUUGGGGAGUGAUUAACUUAUUUUUGUACUUGGCAGUAGUAAAGUCUUGUGAUUUUUGACUCACGUUGACAUUAUUUCCCAGUCCCCUACAAUCUUUCUGAAGGAAAUACUGCAAAAAUGACUUCAAAUAUAGUUCCCCUUUAUCCAGACUGCUAAACUAAUGAGAAAAUAACACUAUCUGUGAAAAUACUGGCAAGAGGUCAGGGACCUGGGUGAGAGCAGGGCUGCAGGGACCCCCCGAGGCCGCCCUGCUUGUCCCGGAGUUGGGGGGCCUUGUUUUUUGAGGGUUUGGUGACUUUCUAAAUGUUGGCACCAACCCUCUGUUAUUAAUGUGACGCGAACACAAAAAGAACACAGGACAGACACUGCCCACAGCCCCUCCGGUUCUGAGGCCUCGGGAGCCGGCCCGGGGCUGUGUCUGCUCUGGCGGCGCCUCGGCACCUCCCGCGUGGAAACAUCACAGAAACCCGCCCUGCCCGUGUCCCCAGUUGGCACGCCGUCCCCCGGGCCCCACACACACUCAGGGUCACACCUCCAAGCUGCCCAAGUAUUUAUCUUCAUAUGUAAGUGUGUUACCCACUUUGCAGAACUACCUUGUUUUCAGAAAUUAAACCCAUUUCCAUUGAUGUUGAUGUAAAGGAUGGUCAAUUGCCAAAUAUCUCGGUCCUCGGAGAAGCCCAGAGCGGGUCAGUGGACGGAGACGCCCGGCCCGCGUCGGCAGGGAGCCUCGAGGAACCCUGGGUGCUAUCACCAGUUCUGAUAGUUAGACUUAAAAACUUGAAAUUCACUUUUGGGGGAAAUAUACAGAAAUGUAGAUUUGAGCAUUGCCAGUUUGAAAAUAGCAUUUAACGUGGAAAGUUGUGUUCUUUGGAAAAUUGUGUAUGAGUAUUUUUGUAUUAAAAACGUUUUAAAGGC